AUGGAUGAAGUCACUGAUCUUCUCUCCCGCCUUCUGAACCCGGAGGGGAGGAGAGCUGCGUUUCAGGCCUAUAACCGUGACUUAACAAACCAAAGUGCGAGUCUUCGUAGAUUGCCCCCAAGGGAUGAUCCUAAUGAACUAUCGAAUCUGAUGAACGCUCCAAUGGCCAACCAACCACUUCACGAUCUCGAUGCCUCUACCGAGGCUCAGGUUCGCGACCGUUUCCUUGAGUCCCUCAAAAAGUUAAGACCUCGGUUUCCACCACCCGAGAAUCUACCCUGCGCCAACGUUGAGGUCGAAAAAUAUCGAUGUUGCCCAAACGAAGGUAGAAUGGCCUGCGGAGGGUGUAGAUUAGUAUCGUAUUGUUCGAAAGAUUGUCAGAAAAUUCAUUGGCGCAUCCACAAGCGAGACUGUAAGAGUAAGAUUCGCUCCGAUACUUGGCAGCCAGCUUGGGUUGUUGAAGGUCGCCCUCCGUCGUUUAUCUCAGAAGACUCAGAUGAAUCGCCCGCGGAAGAGUUUCACCGCACAGAAAGAGAAGAGUUUUCCACAGGUCUUGCGCUGUGGGGGAAUAUGCCAGCGAUUGAUGUCAUCAAUUUCAACGAGAACGAAAAAGACGCGAGCAAAGAUCUCUCUGUCGCAUUCGUCGCUUCCGGUGAUCUGAGGCACGUCAUGCGUACUGUCAAUGAAUUGCCUUCAGACUAUUCUGGACAUCUCACGAUCUUACUCAAUGACCGCGAUCCCCACAUAGUUCUCCGAAAUAUCGUCCUGCUUCUUUUGCUCGGGAAUAUCUCAGAUGAAGUCAUGGCUGCAGACAUCGCUCUCCAUUUCUGGUAUUCCGUCUUCAUGCCCUCGGAGUACCUUCAGUGCAUGUCAGCCGUGGUGACACAAUGCGUAGAACAGCUGACUGAGGGUCCAUUUUGCAUACCUCUCGGCCCACAGUCAACUUUGUCCGGCAUUGUCCACCCUGGGGUGAUUAGACUGCUUGCGAGUAUCAUCUCGGCAUCCAUCUCAGUCGGAGAAGUGCAAGAUGAAUAUACUCGCGUGAGGUCAGCUCCGUCGCGCGAGGAUUUUCGGGAUCGCAUGUACAGCAAACUGAAACCCUCGCAUCGUCUUGCAUUCUUCGAGUUUCGUAGAUUCGGCAUCGUUCUCCCUUUCGGUGCUAUUAAUGCGCAUUUUAAUGCCCCGAACCUUUCUCUGUUCUCCCCGGAUGGUCGUUGGCUACAGACUGAUUAUGCGGAUCCCUUGGAGUCUUGGGACACCGAUGUAGUUAUGCAAGAAGGGAAAGCACAUGGAGCACAGCAAGAAGACAUCUACGGAUGUCUGUAUUUCUUCCUUUCUGAUCAGCUACGAUUAUUCGUGCGCCGGCUCCGCCAAUUCCGGGUUUCCUUCCUUACAUUCAACGUGGAUGCAAGUGCUCUUGCAGAGGGAAUUCUAGAGGGCAAACUAUCCCCCGCUGGCAUCCCCGCUUCGAUGUGCUUCGAUCGCAUCGAUGUAUCUAACAUAAUGGAUGCGAACUACGUCGGCAUCCAGACUGUCCUGACAAAGUGGAGCACACUCUUGAAGAAAGGCGACUCCGCAGCGAUUAUCGGGUACUUCAUGAACUGGGCCGUCAGUCAAAAAGAUGCCCUCGUGAACCAUGCCGAAAAGGGGGUCAUCAUCAACCUGUUGUGCCGUCUUGAGAAGAUGGGUAAACUCCCGUGGCUCAAGCGUUCUGGCCAUUUCGACCCCAAUAACUUCACGACUGGAAUUCUCCUGGCCAUGCAUGAUAUGCAGGCAAUCUACGACGAUUGGCCCAUGUUCUCCAGAUUCUUGAAGAGUCAGGGUGUUCCAGCUUUGCUGCUGCAGACAAAGCUCAAACUACGGGAUGAACACUUGAUAGUCCCUCAUCGCAUCAGAGCGCCCCUGGGUGGACCCCCCAAUGGCCUGCCUGUGUUCCCGACCGACGAGAGUUGGUACAAUCUUAUUCAAAUUGGUGCUUCCUCGUUCACAGAACGCUACGUCGAGUUCGGCCAUGCAUAG